GGCACCCUUCGGCGAGCGCUGUUUGUUUAGGGCUCGGUGAGUCCAAUCAGGAGCGCAGGCUGCAGUUUUCCGGCAGGGCAGUAAGAGGCGCCUCCUCUCUCCUUUUUAUUCACCAGCCGUGAAGCGCAGACCCCGGACUCGCGCUCUCCCGCCGGCGCCCGCGGCCUCUCUCCGCGCCCGGGAGCGCCCAGCCCUCCGCCACGGCCCUUCACCACGCACAGCGCUCGCCCCAGGAGCUAGACGUCAGUUUACCGCAGCAGCCCGGGACGGUGGAUGGCCUUGACUGACGGCGGCUGGUGUCUGCCGAAGCGCUUCGGGACCACGGUUGCGGACGCCAGCGACUCGGGGCCCUUUCCUGCGCGGGAGCCCUCCACGCCACCUUCCCCCAUCUCCUCGUCGUCGUCUCCCUGCUCCCGGGGCGCCGAGCGCGGGCCCUGCGCCGCCGGUCUCUGCAGGACGCCGCAGGACGACGGCGAGGCGGUGGCGGGACCCCCGGCCCGCUCGCUGCUGCUCAGCCCCUACGCGUCGCAUCCCUUCGGGGCGGCGCACGGACCUGCGGCGCCCGGGGUCGCGGGCCCCGGGAGCGCUCUGUCGAGCUGGGAGGACCUAUUGCUCUUCACUGACAUCGACCAGGCCGCCACCGCCAGCAAGUUGCUGUGGUCCAGCCGGGGCGCCAAGCUGAGUCCCUUCGCCCCGGAGCAGCCCGAGGAGAUGUACCAGACCCUCGCCGCCCUCUCCAGCCAGGGCCCAGCCGCGUAUGACGGCGCGCCCAGCGGCUUCGUGCACUCCGCGGCCGCCGCGGCUGCAGCUGCAGCGGCCGCCAGCUCCCCAGUCUACGUGCCCACCACCCGUGUGGGUUCCAUGCUGCCCGGCCUGCCCUACCUGCAGGGGGCAGGCGGCGCGCCCACCAACCACGCGGGGGGCGCGGCCUCGCACCCCGGUUGGCCCCAGGCCUCGGCUGACAGUCCCCCGUACGGCGGCGCGGGCAGCGGCGGCAGCCUAGCGGCCAUGAGCGGCCGGGAGCACCAGUACAGCUCGCUGUCGGCGGCGCGGCCGCUGAACGGGACGUACCAUCAUCACCAUCACCACCACUCGAGUCCUUACUCGCCUUACAUGGGUGCGCCUCUGACGCCGGCCUGGCCCACAGGACCCUUCGAAACCCCGGUGCUGCACAGCCUCCAGAGCCGCGCCGGAGCCCCGCUCCCGGUGCCUCGGGGUCCCAGCGCAGACCUGCUGGACGACCUGCCCGAGAGCCGCGAAUGCGUGAACUGCGGCUCCAUCCAGACGCCGCUGUGGCGGCGGGACGGCACCGGCCACUACCUGUGCAACGCCUGCGGGCUCUACAGCAAGAUGAACGGCCUCAGCCGGCCCCUCAUCAAGCCGCAGAAGCGCGUGCCUUCAUCACGGCGGCUUGGAUUGUCUUGUGCCAACUGUCAUACCACGACCACCACCUUGUGGCGCAGAAAUGCCGAGGGUGAACCCGUGUGCAACGCUUGUGGACUGUACAUGAAACUCCACGGGGUGCCUCGACCACUUGCUAUGAAAAAAGAGGGAAUUCAAACCAGAAAACGAAAACCUAAAAACAUAAAUAAGUCCAAGGCUUGCUCUGGUAAUAGCAAUAAUCCUGUCCCUAUGACUCCAACUUCCACCUCUUCUAACUCAGAUGACUGCAGCAAAAAUACUUCUCCAACACAACCAACAGCCUCAGGGGCCGGGGCUCCAGUGAUGCCUAGCGCGGGAGAAGGCCCCACCCCUGAGAACAGCGAGCUCAAGUACUCAGCGCAGGACGGGCUCUACAUUGGCGUCAGUCUGUCUUCCCCAGCAGAAGUCACAUCCUCUGUGCGACAGGAUUCCUGGUGCGCUCUGGCCUUGGCCUGAGCUGGUGCUGCUGGGGCUAAAGAGGACUCCCCACUCUGAGGGCCUCGAACCAGCAGUCCACAUGGUGGCAACCAGACAGACCGAACAUUCCUCCGAUGCGUGAUUUCUGUGCCUUUGUUUUGAAAGUGAUGUAUUUCCCAAGAGGCUUGCUUCUGGGGAAAGGCCAACGGCAGUGGCACAUGGCCGGCCUCCUGCAGCCGGGGUGGCCUCCGGCCAGCCUGCCUCUGCGCUGUCCCCUGAACUGCUGGCACAAACUGGGACAUGAACAAUUGAGAUUCUUUUUUUUUUUUUAAAGGUUAAUGUGUAUUGCCCCAAAUCAUGUGCUUCUUUGGAUCGAUUAUGGUUUUUCUAGAAGUUCUUCACACCUGUGCCACAUGCCAAGUUCACAAGUUUGUGGAGACCAUUGGAGACCAUUUGGUACUCACGGCUAAGGAGGAGGAUUGCUUUCUGAGGUGUAUUGUCAAGUGUAUUUGUCAGUUUUCAAGACUGCCGAGCUGUGACUGAAUCUUCUCGAAGCUCAGCUUGGGCGACUGAUCUGAGCUCACUCAGAAUUUGUAAACAGGGUAGCAAACAAGAUAUUUUUUUCUUCCAUGUACACAAUAAUUUUUUUUAAAGUGCAAUUUGCGUUGCAGCAAUCAGUGUUAAAUCAUUUGCAUACGAUUUAACAGCAUUUUUUAUAAUGAAUGUAUACAUUUUAACUUAAUGGUACUUAAAAUAAUUUAAAAGAAAAAAAUGUUAACUUAGACAUUCUUAAGGAUUUUACAAACUACAUCCCAUUUUUACCUUCCCAACUGUCCAAAGAAAACUCAUGUCAAGAACAAAUCCCUCUCUCAGGAAAAAUUGCCUUUCUCUAUUUGUUAAGAAUUUUUAUACGAGAAUACCAAUAUACCCCUUUUUCUUUCACUGUGGAUAUGUGCUGGAAAAUUUGCGACAAAAACUUUACUACCUAAAAAAUAGCAUUUGUAAAUACUCUAGGCAUCUGUACACGCUCUGAUGAAGUCUGUAUAGUGUGACUCACCACAGGUUGGUUUACAUUAAUUUUUUUUUAAAGGGAUGUCAGCCGGGUGUUGGUAGCUCACGCCUAU